CUGUGAGAAAAUGCAGGGCGGGAGUACAGCUUUGCUGUUAGUCCUUUCACUUCCUGAUCUCUGCCUGAAUAUGUGGAGUGACAAACGCAGGAUAAACUGUAAUAUUCUGGACCUUUGACAGAGGAAUUUGACACAGGAAUUAUUAUCUUGCAGCAAAGAUUAUUUGCCCAUUGUUGGUGUGAAGCAUGUUCCUGUGGCAAUAUCUGACAGUGCUCCUGCUGACAGCUGUUCAACUAUGCAAAGCUCAGAAAUGUGACAAAUUUUCAGACCUAAAUUUAGGUCACGCAUUCAUUGGCACCAGCUUCAGAAUUAGGUUGUUGCUGUACACCAGGGAAUAUGGCAGCUGUGGGACGCUCAUGUCCCACACCAACCUGUCCGCCCAUCCCCAGUUCAAUUUGUCCAGACCCACCACCUUCAUCGUUCAUGGGUAUCGGCCCACAGGAUCUCCACCAGUGUGGGUGCAUAAUAUGACGGCGCUGCUCCUGGCCAGGAAAGACCUGAACGUCAUUAUAGUGGACUGGAACCACGGAGCCGCCAAUUUGAACUAUUUUAAGGCAGUGGAGAAUACACAGAAGGCAGCAGCCAACCUCACUGCUUUCAUCAAAAUGAUGCAGGAACGUGGUGCCUCUCUAAGCUCCAUCCACAUGAUUGGAGUCAGUCUCGGAGCUCAUAUAUCAGGUUUUGUGGGUGCUAACUUGAAUGCUUCAAUUGGAAGAAUUACAGCUCUGGAUCCUGCUGGGCCUCAGUUCACUGGCACUCCUCCAGAGGAACGACUGGAUUCCUCAGACGCCCAGUUUGUGGAUGUCCUGCAUACAGACAUAGAUGCCCUGGGCUUCAGAGAAGCUCUGGGUCACAUUGAUUUCUAUGCAAAUGGAGGAACAGACCAACCUGGCUGCCCAAAGACCAUCUUUUCUGGAGGAGCUUAUUUUAAAUGUGACCACCAGAGAUCAGUGUUGCUCUUCCUCGACUCUUUGAAUCAGACGUGUUCCAGCACGGCCUUCCCCUGCUCGUCCUACUCUGACUUUCUGGAUGGCAAGUGCUUGAACUGUGACCGGUUUGGUGCUGCUGGAUGUCCUGUCUUCGGCUAUGACGUCACACGGUGGAAAAACAUCCUAGUGAAGCUGGGCCAAACUAAAACGUUCUUCACAACAAAAGCAAAGUCUCCGUUCUGCAUGACAAGCUACAGGGUGGACGUGAUGAUAUGGAACAAGGAUGCUCGCUGGGGAUACCUUACUGUUAAACUUCAUCAUAAUGGUACUGAAUCGGUGGCAACCAUUGACCAUAAAUCAUCACAGUUCAAGAAGUACACAGAGACCACAUUGUUAGCCCAGUUUGACAAAGACAUUCAGUCAGUGGAAAAGGUGUCUCUCAAAUUUUCCACUAAGAAUGUAUGUAAGCCCAAAUAUAAGCUUCGUGUUCUCCGAAUCAGUCUCACACCUCUGGAACGCAAAGAGAGGCUUCUCUGCCGAUAUGACGUCCUUCUUGAGGAGAACAGCGAGGUCGCCUUCAGGCCCAUUCCAUGUGAAGAAUCCAACUUCUGAGGCAAAAUCGGACCGAAUGUCAAAAAAUUUCACCGCUCGUCUUGUAUCAGGUUUAGCUUUUCAGUACCUCCAGUAUUGUCCAGGGAAUCAAUAAGCACCGAUCUAGCAGCCAAAUGUUUACUUACACACUGUGAACUUCUCUGGUAUACCAAUAUAUAAGAUGUAUAUGUGUUUUUAAGGGAAAUUAUAAAUGUGUUUUUCA